ACCUUAAUAUGUUUAUAAGGUUUGUUCCACUUCUUAUACCAUUUAUUUUUAGUAAUUAAAAUUUUUUAAUGAUUAAAUUGGUUUGAAAAACUUCAUUUCAGUCAAUCGUCUGCUUUAAAAGGUGUUAUGGCCCCAAAAAAGAAAGCAUUGAUAUUUGGAGGAGAAAUCAACACUUUUUUAAAUGCAAAAUAUAAAUUGUUUAAUGAUACCAACAUUAAGUGUAGAAAUGGUCAUGUACUUUUUGUUUUCAUAAAAAGUGGUGAGAUAUAUACGAAAACUGUAAAAGAAGUCAAUGAGCAUUUUAACUUCAACACUUCCACAUAUCAUGUCCAAAGUGUAGUGAAUGUAGCAAAAAAAUGGAAACAUAACUUUAAAAGGGACUGCACACAUUUUGUCAAUUUUUGCAACAAGCUGUUUACAUGCUACCCAACAAUCUCAACAAUGACACAACCAUCCCAGUCUAGUCCUAGUAAUUCCCAUUUAGUUGCCUUGUCUUAUGAACAUGACAGUCUUUCAUCUGAGACACACAAUGAGUUUUUACCUACAGCCAGUUGUAGUAAUCAUGUACAAGAUAUUUUCACUUGUAGACAAGAAAUUCCACCGAGAGAAAAUCUAUUGAAGAUUCAGUUAUCUAAUUUGGCAAAUCAGUUAGCUACCUCUUCCAAGAAAUAUAGAACAAAUAUAGCUAUAGUUAAGUCUAAAUUAAAUAGUAUGCCAUAUAAACUAAAACUUUUAAGACAAAGUGUUAAAAGAAAAGAAGAUAUUAUAAAGGAUUUAAGAAGGGAGUUAAGAGAAUUAAAAACUAAAAUGAAAAUUUCUUAUUAUACUCGACAAAUUCGAAAUUAUACAGCUACAAUAAAGAAAUUAAAAUAUAAUGAAAAACAAAAGUUGAAGCAAAUAAAGGUAAAGCAUAACACAGAUAAUAGGGCAAAUAAAAAAAUGAUUGCUGGUUUGGAAAACAACUUGCUUCAAAAAGAGGAGAACGCAACUACACUUUUGAACAUGAAUGAAGAAGCAAAGACAUAUUCAUUACAUAUGAGAAUGAUUAUUUAUAAUAUGUUAAUAUGUAAUGUCCCAACAGGUAACAUUCCUUUUCUGAUUCAGAAAAUUGGACAAUGUAUGGGUUUUAUUUUUUCUGAUAUUCCACACCGCAAUUCCAUUGAACAAAUGGCUCGUGAACUUGGCAGUAUUUCAAGCUUGCAGGCAGCUGAAUGGGCAAUCAACAAUAGUCAACUUACUCUUGGGUUUGAUGCUACAACACAAGAAGGUGUUCAUAUUAACAGUAUUCACUUGACGUCAAAAGAUAAAUGCCUAGUUAUUGCUCUGGACCAACUACCUGGUGGAACAGCUGAUGAUUAUGAAAACCAUAUAUGUAAUGCCAUUGAUCAUAUGGCUUUUAUUUAUUCUCAUUUUCACUCUUGCAGCUAUAACGAAUCUCGUAGUUCAAUUAUUGCUAAUAUUUCAAACACAAUGUCUGACCGAGUUGCUGUUAAUCAUCUUACUAUAAGCAAAGUAUGUGCAACCUGGGGUAAAAGUCUAAAUGAGUUGAACUGCCAUUUGCAUCCUCUUGAUACAAUUGCCACAUCAUGUCGUUCAGCAUUAAAGUCUCUAGAGAAUGAGAAAUGCAAAUUGUUUGGAAAUGACUGCAUGGCAACCUUGAUUAUUUUAGCUAUAAACAAAAUGAGAUUUAAAGAUGUAAAAGGCGAUCCACAAGGUUUUAUAAAUUUUUUAGAUAAUAAUGAUUUACCACGAGGUAUCAUUCCUAGGUAUCGUGGCAACAGGCUUCACAUUCUUUUCCAUACUUGUUUUAUUUUAAUAAAGCAUCACAGUAAAUUUAAACAAUAUCUUACAGUUGGAACUGUAAAGUGUAAAAGUUUACAAGCAACUCUUCGAACAGUAUUUUGUAGUGCCACCGCAAUCAAACAAUUGUGUGUGCUUGCUGUGUUUGGAAAACUUCUUACUGGGCCCUGGAUGAAAAAAUUUUAUGUUAUAUCAGAGCAAGCAACUUUUGAUCAUGUUGCUGGUAUCCAGGUUGUGAAAAAUGUUAUACAAACAGUUCAAACUUGCAAAUCCAAUCCAGCCAGUUUGUUUUGCAGAAAGACAGAUUUUUUUGACCAGCCGCUAGAGCCAAACAUUUUAGAAUCAGUAACAAGUUUAUGCUCUGUUGAUGAAGAGCUUCUUAAAAUGACUUUGGCCUGUCUUAUUGCAGUGGAAGAUGUUUUAAAUAGACAAUAUAGUAGGUAUUUUUCACUUACUGUGACAGAGACAUUUAAAGAGGAAACAGCUAGUGCAAGGCUUCACAAUAUAGAUAGUGAGGAAUUAAUGGGUAUGUUUAGUGAUGCAAAAGUACGAGCUCCUAAUGCAACAAUUUGCUAUAUCUCUUGCAAACUACGAUCAAAAAAGAAUAGGACUGUCGACUAUCUAGACACUCUAGAUUUAAGUUUAAGAGAAAAGAUUGUUAAAUGGUCAAUUAAUGUAGCACGUAAAAACAGAUUUACAAAUCGACUGCAUCUGUGCAAAGUAAGAGAUGAGAUUUGCCAAAGGCAAAAAAUCAAGCGCCAAAAAAUGGAUGAAAAAGAAAAAAGAAAGUUAGAGCGCGAGCUAUCCAAAUUGAAUUUUGAAGAAAUUGUUAAUUCAUAUAAGCACUUGUCCAAUGACCAACUAUUUGAUUUAGAAGAUAUCAUGUCAGAUAGAAUUGUUGGGAAGAAACUAGAACAUGAAUGGUACGAUCCAAAAACAUGCAAAAGUGUUUUAUAUAACGGCAGAGUAGAAAAAGUUAAUAAAAGAAAAAAUGACUUCAUUUACACCAUUUCUUACUGGAAAGAUGAUGAAACUGAUAUUGAAGCUGUUGACUAUUGCAUGAAAAAGAUCCAGCUCGCUGCUGAUGUUGUUUCCGUUAACCAAACUACUAUCAAGCACUAUAUGAAAGAUUUGAAGAUGGAUGCAACACUAAUGUAACUUUUAAAGAGUAAGAUAUAUUUUUUACUUCUUUGUUAUUGUACUUUAAAUAACCAAUCAGAUAUUUCUUAAUUAAAAUUUUGUUUUCCGGUAUUAAUUUAUAGAACCUUUUUUAUAUAGACAAAAACUUUUUUUGGGAUUUAAAUAAACAUGUUUAUUUUUUUUUAGGUCGAGGGGGGGUAUACGCCCCCUCCACCCAUACAUCGAUGUAAACACCACUUGUAUACAAAAAUUCUUGUAGAACAUAAUUUUAUAUUGCAUACUAAUUGAAAUCAUUUUCGUAAAGAUAAAAAUAUUUAUGAAAACAAAUCAUAUUUGAUGCUAGGGUGUAUCAAACCAUCACACCCACCUCUAUCAUUUAAAUACGCCUCUUAUAUACUUUAAUGGUUAAAUAAAUUUAUAUCAACUUUUUAGUAUAUUUAAACUGCUAAUGUCUUGAAAAAGAUCUUUUUUCUGAAAAAAAUGUUCAGUUUCAUACGGGUAAGGUGGUGGUUUGAUGCCCCCCUCUGUCUAUCCGAUACGCCCAAUGGUAAGAGUUUAAUAAAAAUAAGUAGUCCACUCUUACACCUAUCUUUUGACACCAAGAUAUUUUUAUUUUGAUAAGAAUUGACAAAGUUAUGACAAUUUAAGUAAAGAAAAACAUUAUUUU